AAUAUCGUGUCCGUGUUCUUUUACUUGCAAUCAUCAACUAGGCUUGAGGUAUAUGAGUUCCCUGGCGGGUUUUCGUUUAAAGGAUUGUACAAGGCAACCGGCUAGCGACACGUCCCACACGCGUUUGGGCUGUCACAAGCGCGGGCGACACCAUCAAAUCCACUGUCCUUGAAAGUCGGUACAGGGCCUCACCGCAUUGUUGCGCCGACCCCCUCGUCCGAAAAGCGAAGGAAAAAAAAAUCACACCUACACUUUGUGGUCGUCGAACGCAAGUCUGAGAUGGUUGCUGGCCAGACCAUCAGCAAAAUUACAACAAAAAUAAUGAACAAAGAAUACACGGGUCGGAUGGAAAGACUGCGGUCGUCGAGUCCUUCGAAUUCUGCACCAGGACGUCGCCGGUCUCAAGGCAGUCCCAUGACUUCACAGAACCCCAAACGCCAUCUAUCCGAAGCUCCGCAAGUCUCGAGGAGCGUACCCAAGAAGCGCCGACUGGUUUCAAUCACCCCAGACGACCUACAAUCAACCGCCAGGAACAGUCGGGGACCCAGUCAAGCAGCCAGCCAGGACAUAGCUACCGAUUUGAUACACCAUCAGCUACCAGAAGACGACGGAGGCGCCUUCGAUGACUUCUUGGAUCUGCAACACGACGCCUCGUCUCCCGAGUUCGAGCCUCCCCCUGUACAGCAACUCAGCCAACAACACAAGACGCCAAUGUCGAUUGUUACCUCAAGCGCGAUGCAGUCAGCGCUGUUGGCCACCGGCGUAGGGCAAAAGGUCGCAUCUCUCGGUGCACAGCUGGUCACAAAUCCUCCACAAUCCGCCGCCCCUGGGCCCGAGGCAGCCGAAGCUGCCGCGCAAGUCGAGCAGUUACAAAACGAAUAUAGGACCGUGGAGGCCAAGCUGCAGCUUGCUAGAACCAGGUUGUCAGAGCAGCUGAACGUCUUUGACGGCCCGGGCGGUCUUAGCACGACGACGACGCCCGCGUCGCUGCGUCCCAGCAGCACCAUGCCAAUCUCCAUUCAUGUUAAUGAAGAUGAUGCUGUCGCCAGCGCACUCUCGCACAUCGCCAGCCUUGAAAGCCGCCGGAGCGGCCUUCUGUCGAGAAUACACGCCGCUCAGGCCGCCGAGUUGGAGGCUAAGCAACAUCGGGACAGCAGACAGUUGACUGUUCAGGUCGAAAAUGCUCGACUUUUCCGUCGAUUGAUGGACCUUGGCCCAGCUGGGACUGCAUCCCUGCUCCGUGUGCUGCUCAAGGCUGCCGGUAUCGACUCAACAGACGGCGGAAAAAGCUCGGAUGUCAUGGAAGCAACAGAACGCAGGAUAUACAUACGACGGGAACUCGAGGAGGACUUGGCCAGAGAGGGCCUCCUUCCUGCGGUCAAAGAAACACCGCCCCUCAACGGUACAUAACGAAAUCGAAGAGCCACACUUUAUCGAACAUCCUGGCUUGAACAUGAAUACGAUAAAAGCCAUAGGGGCAAGAGCUGUCUGUUCAUGGCUCGCUCCCAAACCCCGAUUGCAUACACUAGCACAAUACCCAUUUUAUGAAUGUCUUUUUUUUUGCAUCCUGUUUAUUCAGCUGUUGACCUGAUUGGUCUGUAUACCCCUUGUUGCUUUUGCUGUUCUUCUUCUCGUCAGACAAUACAUAAGAAACACCCUAAAUGGGAAAGAAAUAUUAUCUUCAAAUCCAAUUCAAGAUCGAGCAACUCCCCGGCCUAUUAAUGCUAUGAAUACAAAUGAAAGUUACAAAUGAGAAUUUAAUAACAACCUAAC